AUGGCAGAACCAGUGUUCGAUAGCAACAAGGUCACUGUGAUCUUCGUCCUAGGAGGACCGGGUGCUGGCAAAGGCACCCAGUGCGGUAGACUCGUCGAGGAUUUCGACUUUUGCCACCUCUCCGCUGGCGACCUGCUGCGCGGGGAGCAGAACCGCGAGGGAUCGGAGUACGGUGACCUCAUCCGGACGUGCAUCCGCGAGGGCACCAUCGUGCCCAUGGAGGUCACCAUCAAGCUCCUCGAGAACGCCAUGGCCGCCGCCCUCACCGAGCGCACGUCGGGCGAGGGCUGGACUGAUGGAAAGGGGCGCUUCCUCAUUGAUGGCUUCCCUCGGAAGAUGGACCAGGCGCUCAAGUUUGAGGAAGAGGUCUGCGUGUCAUCGCUCACUAUCUACUUUUCUACUACGGAGGAGGUCAUGCUUUCGCGUCUGCUUGAGCGCGGCAAGACGAGUGGGAGGGAGGAUGAUAACGUGGAGAGCAUCAAGAAGCGGUUCAGGACGUACCGAAGCGACACGAUGCCCGUCAUUGAGCACUAUGCGAAGGAGAACAAAGUUGCGGAGAUCGACAGCACGGGCAGCAUCGAAGAGGUCCACAAGGUGGCAAGCGCGGUAGUCAACAAGGUGUUCGCAGAGAAGAGUGCUUGA